AGGCUACAGCGCGACUAUAAUUUGUUGAGGCGCAGCAAACCGUAUUUGGGGAGAAAGGGGUUAAGGAGUCAACCAAACGUUUGGAAAGACGCUGUUCGAGCAUAUAUCCCCUCCCCCUUACACAAACACACCGCUUGGAAUACACUGACAGUUAUGCAGCCUGUUCCAGUUCCUCUGAGCCAGCAUACAGUAAUGUUACGGUUAUUGUAAAAUACGGCAGACCAGCGAAGUCUGUUGCCUGGCUCGUUUGUUUCUGUCCUUUCCUUCUUCGCCGCUGCUUCUUCCAGAGUGGACACCAAUGAUGUACAGGAAGAUAAGGAGCAGCAAAGGUCAGCAAGACGGAUCGAUGCACAUAUCGGUGAUAAAGUAGACACCGCCGUCAGAACAAAAACAGCUUAUUUUUCGCAUGAAACCUGGCAGGAUUUGGCUCGGCUUCUUGGUCGUUUCCAAAGACUCAGGAUGAGGAAACCCAAAGUCAUUCGGAUGGUUUUCGCUUUGUGUCUGGGAUGUUUCAUCAUGGUCAUCCUCUACUUUAACAGCAGUCUGAAGCCGGUUGAAUAUACACCUCGGAGCCAGUCGGUGAAAGAAGCAGUGGGCAGAAGUCGAGGAGGAGUCCUCUACAGAUGCUUUAUGAUGGUGACCAGGAUUGGGAAUGUGGUGAUGACCCAGCAGUUGAUGGAAGCACCACUGGCAGCUGCAGAGCCGACUAUGACUGAUACCGUUGAGGCAGCAGUACAGGCCAUCCAUCAGGGCCGACGGGAGGUGUUAGAAGAAGCCUGCCGUUCCUACACCCGCAAACGCAGAGUCCUCAUACCUGAGGACCUGAAGCACGUCAUUGUGGAUGACCAGCAUGGCUUGCUGUACUGCUAUGUGCCCAAAGUGGCCUGCACCAACUGGAAGCGGGUGCUCAUGGUUCUGACAGGCGUUGCUGGGUCCCUCCGAGACCCUCUGGCGAUCCCUGCCAACGAGGCCCACGUCCCAGGAAACCUCCGCACUUUAUCGGAGUAUUCCACCUCCCAGAUUAACCAGCGCCUGCGCUCCUACCUGAAGUUCGUCUUCGUACGCGAGCCAUUCGAGCGGCUGGUGUCUGCGUACCGCAACAAAUUCACACGGAGCUACAACACAGCUUUUCAUAAACGAUACGGCACAAAGAUAGUGCGCCGCCACAGACCGGACCCACAGCCGGAAGCUCUUGAGAGGGGAAAUGACGUCUCCUUUGAGGAGUUUGUGUAUUACCUCGUGGACCCGGCCACCCAGCGAGAAGAGCCCUUCAAUGAGCACUGGGAGCGGGUGCACUCACUGUGCCACCCCUGCCUCAUCCACUACGAUGUGGUGGGUAAAUAUGAGACGCUGGAGCAGGACUCCCGCUACGUGCUGCAGCUGGCUGGUGUGGAAGACCAGGUCAGCUUCCCCACCUCAUCCAAGAGCACCAGGACUACAGCAGACAUGGCUGCCCAGUUCUUCCACAACAUCAGUCCCUUCUACCAGAAGAAGCUGUACAACCUCUAUCGCAUGGACUUCCUGCUCUUCAACUACUCCAUACCAGCCUACCUCAAGUUUAAAUGAGGCUGAGACGUUACUUAUCCACGGACUCGACUUGAACUUGUGGAGCGUGGACUCUUGUAAAAGUAUAGUUUGUUUUUGAGAUUUUUCUCUCUGAGUGGGCCUUUAAUACGGACACUGCAAAUACUGUUGAAAAUGUAUCCUGUUUAGAGCUGCAAAGUAAAGAUACAAGUAGGAGAGGACAUGUCAUCACAAGAUGAAAGUUGUUGCCUAAAGAAGACAAAUUAUAUUUUACUGCAAACAGCGAUCCAGUGGAUGUCGGUCACUGCCUUUGAAUGUGUGAAAUGCCAUUCAACUUUUGGUUUGAUUACGGUUCUUGUCUGCUGUUUCAAAAGUGUAAUUUGCACAACAAAUGUAAUCUGCAUAGCAUAGUUGAAGUUAAAAUCUUAGACAGUGAAUGUCUCCAAACUUAUGUGCCUUUGAUCGUAGGCCUUAUUUUCACCUAAGCAGCCAAUGACAACUUUUGUAACUGUGAUUUUUUGUUUUUGUACUGUAGGAAAAUAUUUUUGUGUAAUUAUAAUAUUGUCUUUAUUUAUUGUGUUAUUUCUGACUCUACAAAGUCAGACAAACCAAAAUAGAUAUAGGCUGUAGUUUCUCUCAUAAUUUUCAAAUAAAUGCAUCUCAGCAAGAA